AUGAGGCGGAGAUCUCCCCCCCCGAAGCCCCAGCAAGAUGAGCAUAUCGAGUCCAUCGAGGCCGAGCAGUCGACAAAGCCAAUUCAGACGUCCCAGGGUACGGACAGUUCCAAGAAGGAUGAUGCAUUGCAGUUGAUUGAAGAGGCGGGCUAUUCGACCAUCUUGACACCCGAGAAUAACAAAGAAGUGCUCCGCAAGAUCGACCUGCGCCUGCUCCCUAUUUUGUUGGCAAUCUACUUCCUUCAGCAACUUGACAAGUCGACAUUGUCAUAUGCCUCUGUUUUCGGUCUAAUCGAGAAGGCCAACCUUCAUGGCCAGAUGUACUCCUGGCUGGGCUCCGUGGUCUACGUUGCCCAGUUGGUCUUCCAGCCCCUGGUCUCCUACCUCUUGGUCAAAGUGCCCUUGGGGAAGUUCCUGGCGGUAUCAUGUCUCCUCUGGGGGAUCGCUCUAUCAUGUAUGACUGCAGCGGAAACCUUUGCGAGUCUUCUGGUAUGUCGGCUGUUCCUGGGAAUCUUUGAGGCAGGCAUUGCCCCGGCUUUCAUUGCAGUGACCCAGAUGUGGUAUCGACGUCGGGAGCAACCUGUCAGAUUAGGUUCAUGGUAUGCAAUGAACGGCGUGGUCAAUAUGUUUGGAAGCUUGAUAACAUACGGACUUGGUCACAUCAGUUCAUCAAUAUUCGAGCCAUACCAGAUUAUCUUCCUGUUCUUUGGUCUAAUCACCGUUGCAGUAUCUUCCGUGGUCUUUAUUUUUAUGCCGGACUCCCCCAUUAAAGCGAAGUUUCUGCCCGAAGAAGACAAAUUGAUCGCAAUUGAAAGGCUUCGGAUGAACCAACAGGGAAUUGAGAGUCAUGAGUGGAAAUGGGACCAUGUGAAAGAGGCUGCGCUCGACCUGAAAUCUUGGCUUUGGUUCUCUUUGAUGCUCGCCAUAUCAAUCCCAAGCGGCGGUAUCACCACCUUCGGCCCCUUGAUUGUGGAAUCAUUCGGGUUCGACCAACUUAACACAAUCCUGCUGAAUGUCCCCUUCGGCGCUGUACAGCUCAUUGCCACAAUGGGAGGUGCUUGGUUGGCGACUGCAUGGAAAAUGAAGGGGCCAGUCCUGGCGUUGUUGUGUCUGCCUCCGAUUGCAGGAUGCUGCAUGCUCUUGCGUAUUCCCCAUGACGAUGCCCACAAGGGACCUCUUCUGGUGGGAUACUACAUCAUUUCUGUCUAUCCUGGAAUCACACCUUUGAUUUACUCCUGGUCAGCAGCAAACACAGCCGGCGAAACGAAAAAGAAAGUGACAACUGGUAUUCUUAUUGUUGGGCAGUGUGUUGGUAAUAUCAUUGGGCCGACACUAUAUACCACAGAAGAGGCCCCCCUUUACAAGCGAGGACUCACCUCUAAUCUUGCUUUAUUCUGCGUACUCGUCGUCCUGAUCCUGGCAAACAUGGCAUACAUGUCUAUCCUCAACAAAAAACACGAACAACAGCGCGUCGCGGCAGGAAAGGACGCCAAGGUGGUGGAUCAUUCGAUGCACGCUGUGGGCGCCGUCAUCACUGACAAAGAGGGCGCUCCUAUUCAGCAAGCAGUUAACGACAAUGCUUUCAAAGAUCUGACGGACUGGAAAAAUGAGGACUUUGUCUACGUAUACUAG